AGUUCGUGAUUGCACGCGAUUGGCUAAUCCGUUAGAUUCGCGCAUGCGUAUUAUCUAUUAACAAUUGUCGAUCGUUUACGAAAAGUGGCGGAAAUGCCCGAGGAUAGAUGUAGAAGUAUGAGUAAAGAGAGGGAGUAAGAGGAUAGUCGUUUUUCGUUCUGAACGUUCUUGCAAUCAUCGUCUGUUCGUUAUUAUCAUUGUGUACGAGUUGCUUCCACGAGGUUGGCGCGCUCGCGCGCUCCUUAACGUGCGAUUAUUUUGUCGUUGAUUGUGUUGUACAGUAUCAGAAAAAGAAGAGGAAGUUAACAACCGGCCAGUUGUCUCCCGCGUUUCCUAAAUCAUCGUUUGUAUUUCUACCGCGUACAAUCCGUACCUCGUUCAAUCCGUAUUUAUUAGAAGUGUAUAAAUAAUUUGUGAAAAAAAUAGAAAGCAAUAGAUAACGAUUUAUAUCUUUUUCUAUCGUCGAGGUCGUCGUCAUCAUUGUCGAUAGACUUGUUGAGAGAAUUUUCUUCCAUUAACUUUUGCAAACGUGCCAUGAGUGGUAGCAGGGCCAAUGGUAAUGAAAGCGGGGGGCGAAGGAAUGGCCACGUGCUGGUGUGGGAACAACCGGGUUUGGAAGAGAACGACAAGCCGGUGCGAAGACGGAAAGGUUGUUGGGGUUGGCUUACAGGCCUGCUGGGAACACGUCAUGUAGUCACGUUUAUGCUUUUUCUUGGCAUGGCAAAUGCCUAUGUCAUGAGGACCAACAUGUCUGUGGCAAUUGUUGCUAUGGUCAACCAUACGGCUAUCACCGGGGAUAAAGAGUUUGUUACAAACGAGUGCCACAUCGAUGAUGAUAAUAAGAAUACUACUAUAUUAAUAAAUCAUAAAGACGGCGAAUUUGCCUGGGAUACCAAAGAACAAGGCUACUUAUUAAGCUCAUUUUUCUAUGGAUAUGUUCUUACUCAAAUACCUUUCGGUAUGCUUGCCAAACGAUUUGGAUCUAAAUAUUUUCUUGGCAUUGGCAUGCUGAUCAAUUCGAUAUUUGGACUAUUAGUUCCUUUGUCAGCACAUCAGGGCUUUUAUUCGCUAAUGGUAGUUCGAUUUAUUCAAGGCUUAGGUGAGGGUCCAAUUGUGCCUUGCACGCACGCAUUGUUGGCAAAGUGGAUACCACCAAACGAGAGGAGCAGGAUGGGAGCCUUUGUCUAUGCUGGUGCUCAGUUUGGUACAGUCAUCUCAAUGCCAUUAAGUGGUCUACUAUCUGAAUAUGGAUUUUCUGGUGGGUGGCCAUCAAUAUUUUAUGUCUUUGGCGCUGUUGGUAUUAUCUGGUGUAUAGCUUUUUUCUUCCUGGUUUAUGAAGAUCCAGAAAAUCAUCCACGUAUUUCUGAAGAUGAAAAAAAAUACAUAGUUAGUGCCUUGUGGGGAAAUGCUGGAGCAUCUUCUCCGCCUAUACCUUGGAAAUCAAUCGCUACUUCAAAGCCUUUCUGGGCUAUUUUGAUAGCACAUAUGGGUCAAAAUUAUGGAUACGAAACAUUGAUGACUGAACUUCCAACAUUUAUGAAACAGAUUUUACAUUUUGAUAUCAAGUCUAAUGGACUUGUAUCGUCUCUUCCUUACCUUAAUAUGUGGGUUUUUUCAUUAAUACUUAGCCAAGCAGCCGACAAAAUGAUUUCGUUAGAAAAAUGUAGUCUUACUAGUACACGUAAAAUUGUCAAUAGUAUUGGUCAGUAUGGACCAGCAAUAGCAUUGGUAGCAGCAUCUUAUACUGGUUGCAAUCCAUGGUUGACAAUAGUUAUCCUUACUAUUGGGGUUGGUUUUAAUGGUGGUAUUUAUUCUGGUUUCAAAGUUAACCAUCUUGAUAUCUCACCAAGAUUCGCAGGAGUUUUAAUGGCAUUCACAAAUUGUCUUGCUAACCUAGCUGGAUUACUUGCACCGAUAGUAGCUGGCCAUAUAAUCGUUGGCACGCCAACUCAUCUAAAAUGGAGGAUUGUCUUCAUGAUUUCGGCAGCUAUUUAUGUGGUGUGCGCAACAUUUUAUCUCAUGUUUGGUUCCGGAGAAAGACAACCUUGGGAUAAUCCAGAAAAAGACGAGGAAAAAGAAGAGAGCAAAGAAUUAGAUAGUGUUAAAACAGUCAACGAAACUCAACACUAAUGUGAUUUUAAAAUAAUGCUUGCCUUGGUAUUUAAGUUUUUUCUGCCAUCAAGCUAAAUUCUAAAUAUGUUAAUGGUUCCAGUCGCGGGUGGCACUUAUCUGCCUUAAAGUACAUCCAUUCCCUCCGUUAAUAUUUAACCGUGCUGGAUGAUUGCGCUAUGUUGUAGUAUAUAACUAUAAGUUAAUUUCAAGUUGAUUUUUAUUUUAUUUUUUUCUAAUUAUUACGAGCAGUGUUCAAAUUUUAAUAACACUGAUCACAUUAAAAGUUGCAUAUCAGAAUGUCACCGAUGUUUGUAUCGCGUUGUAAAUGUGGAAUUCGAUCAAUAUUUUCAUUAUUUCAUAGAAUACGUGUUGUUGAAAUUAGAGUGUAUGAAAGAGAAAAAGAGAGAGAGAGAGAGAGAGAGAGAGAGAGAGAGAGAGAGAGAGAGAGAGAGAGAGAGAGAGAGAGAGUAGAGAGAAUUUAAGAGUGUAUGAGUUAUAGAAAAAUGAAAAAAUAUAUACGACUGUGACAUAUUUCAAACAGGAUAUAUGUAUUACGUUCAACAUCUAAAAAAGAAAGAAUCAUGAAAUUUCAAAUUACAUCUCCGUAAAGGUAUAACAACAUCUUGAAUUAAUUUGACUAAAUUAGCGGUAAUUAUUUAAUUGUAUUAAAAGUUUCUAUGCAAUGGCAUUGAUAAACUUUGAGGAGCAUCAAGUAUGACUUUAAAAUAUUUUGGAAUCAGAUUCUUGAAAUAAAAAAUAUCUAGGAAACUAUAGGAAAUGCUUCACAUUAAUAUUCAAAAAUGUCGAAAUUUCGAAAUAUUCUUUUUUUUUUUUUUUUUUUUUUUUUGUUUUUUUUUUUCCAUAUAUUUAAGCACAAAAUUAUGAUCUGCUAGGUUUUGCGUAGUUGAAAAAUAAACGAAAUAAGGAAAAAAUAAUAUAAAUUAAGGAACUAUCCAUGGAUUUAAUAUUGAAUUACACGUACAAUGAAAAUUUACUUAGCGUAUUAUAAAAACAAGAAUACACAAAGAUUAUAAUGCGUUUUUGCAUAGUAGUUCAAAUAUUUUAUCUAAUUUGGACAUUAGUUUGAUUAUAUUUAUACUUUAGAUUUUUUCGUGAGUUACAAUUAUUAUUGUAUAAUAACAAAGAGUUAACAAUACAUUUGUCCAAAUUAGAUAAAAUCAAUUAACGAAGUUGGCAGCAGUAUUAGAGUAAAAGUUCUCAUUUGUUCAUCUUUUUUUUCUUUUUUUCUCCUUUUUUUUCGUUACAUCACGAACAGUUUAUUAUUAUUAACUAUUAUGUAUCAUUUUGUAUUGCGUUAGGACAGACAAUAUGAUUGCAUAAAAACAGUUGAACAAAA